CCUUUGGUGUCCUGGUUUGGGUUGGGGAGGGGGUAGAGAGGGUUGUUUUUUUUUUUUUCCCUAUCUAUUUUUGGGUGUUUUUUCUUGGUUUUGGGUGGUCGUUGGUGGUGGUUUGUUGUGGUUUAUUUUUUGUGGACCAUGGAUACGCACACGCGGUGGAAAAGGAGAAGUUGGAUACGAAAGUGGUCGGGAGCCGUCGCUUUGGUGCUGUUGGGGGCUCUGUGCCUCGGGCAGGCAGCUGAACCUGCAGACCUCUUGAAGGUGUUAGACUUUCACAACUUACCUGAUGGUAUAACAAAAACCACGGGCUUUUGCACAAGCAGAAGGUCUUCAAAAGAGGCAGAUGUUGCUUACAGAGUGACAAAAGAUGCUCAGCUCAGUGCCCCGACAAAGCAGCUGUAUCCUGCUUCCCCUUUCCCAGAGGACUUCUCCAUUUUAACCACUGUAAAAGCGAAGAAAGGAGGUCAGUCCUUCUUGAUCUCAAUUUACAAUGAGCAAGGGAUCCAGCAAAUUGGUGUGGAGAUGGGUAGAUCUCCUGUAUUCCUGUAUGAAGACCAUACAGGAAAGCCAGGCCCAGAAGACUACCCUCUCUUUAGAGGCAUUAACCUUGCAGAUGGCAAGUGGCACAGGGUAGCCCUUAGUGUGCAGAAGAAAAAUGUCACCUUGAUUUUGGACUGUAAAAAGAAGAUAACCAAGUUCUUGGACCGAAGUGAUCACCCCAUCAUCGACGUCAACGGCAUCAUUGUCUUUGGAACAAGGAUAUUGGAUGAGGAAGUCUUUGAGGGUGACAUCCAGCAGCUCCUGAUCGUGGCGGACCCCCGAGCAGCCUAUGACUACUGUGAACACUACAGCCCCGACUGUGACACUGCCAUCCCUGACUCCCCCCAGUCCCAGGACCCCAACCAGGAUGAAUAUUACACGGAUGGGGAGGGAGAAGGUGACACCUACUACUAUGAGUACCCUUACUACGAAGACGUGGAGGAAGCUGUAAAACCAGAAGCACCAACCACCAAACCCAUCACUCCUGAAGUGGCUGCUGGAGCAAGACCUGAAACCAAGCCGGACUAUCCUGCCCCUACAGCAGCACCUGACAGAGGGAACCCUGGCAAGCCACCAAAAGAAGAUACUGCAAUAGAUGAUCCCCUGGUAGAUGAGUACAACUACGAAACCAUCAACGAAGAAUACUUCACCCCUCUGCCCUAUGAAGAUGUCAACUACAACGAAGGAGUAGACCCUCAGGGUGGGCUGACUGAGAACACAGUGGAGGCUGAGCUCCCCACAAGUCCUGUCAUCACCUACAAUGAGACAGAUGCUACUCAAGGAGGAGAGGACCUGGAUAAAGAUUUCACUGAGGAAACAAUAAAAGAAUAUGAUGGGAAUUAUUAUGACAGCUACUAUGACAGAACAGUCUCUCCUGACAUUGGCCCUGGCAUGCCUGCUAACCAGGACACCGUCUACGAAGGGAUUGGUGGCCCCCGUGGUGAGAAGGGCCAGAAGGGAGAACCUGCCAUUAUUGAGCCGGGCAUGCUGGUGGAAGGUCCACCUGGUCCUGAAGGCCCAGCAGGUCUUCCAGGACCUCCAGGACCAACUGGACCUGUGGGCUUAAUGGGUGACCCUGGGGAAAGAGGCCCACCUGGUCGCCCAGGUCUUCCAGGAGCAGAUGGUUUGCCAGGACCACCAGGGACCAUGCUUAUGUUGCCUUUCCGCUUCAGUGGAGGAGGAGAUGCUGGCUCUAAAGGACCUAUGGUUUCAGCCCAGGAAGCCCAAGCCCAAGCCAUCCUGCAGCAGGCCAGGCUGGCACUCAGAGGACCAGCAGGUCCAAUGGGUCUGACAGGGCGGCCGGGCCCCAUGGGACCCCCUGGCAGUGGAGGGCUGAAAGGAGAAGCUGGAGAAAUGGGACCUCAGGGUCCAAGAGGCAUCCAGGGUCCUCCCGGUCCAGCAGGAAAACCAGGCCGCAGGGGCAGAGCUGGCAGCGAUGGUGCCCGAGGAAUGCCAGGCCAGACAGGACCAAAGGGUGACCGAGGCUUUGAUGGCUUGGCUGGUUUGCCUGGUGAGAAAGGAAAUAGAGGUGAGCCAGGCCCCCAUGGACCCCCAGGGGCACCUGGAGAGGAUGGAGAGAGGGGAGAUGAUGGAGAAGUUGGACCCAGAGGGCUGCCUGGAGAACCUGGACCCCGAGGAUUGCUGGGACCAAAGGGACCUCCAGGACCCCCAGGGCCACCGGGUGUGGCUGGCAUGGAUGGGCAAACAGGUCCCAAAGGAAAUCAGGGUCCUCAAGGGGAGCCAGGGCCCCCAGGGCAGCAGGGUAACCCAGGUGCUCAGGGUCUUCCAGGUCCACAAGGCGCAAUCGGUCCCCCAGGAGAGAAAGGCCCCCUGGGCAAACCUGGUCUUCCUGGCAUGCCUGGUGCAGAUGGUCCUCCGGGGCAUCCUGGCAAGGAAGGUCCUCCUGGAGAGAAAGGGAGUCAGGGUCCACCAGGGCCUCAGGGCCCCAUCGGUUAUCCAGGACCACGUGGAGUCAAGGGAGCAGAUGGUGUUCGUGGGUUGAAGGGCACCAAAGGUGAAAAGGGUGAAGAUGGCUUCCCUGGCUUCAAAGGGGACAUGGGCAUCAAAGGGGACCGGGGGGAGAUUGGACCUCCUGGUCCUCGUGGUGAGGAUGGUCCUGAAGGUCCCAAAGGUCGCUCUGGUCCUAAUGGAGAUCCUGGUCCUCUUGGUCCUGCUGGAGAGAAGGGCAAACUCGGCGUGCCAGGACUGCCAGGCUACCCAGGCAGGCAGGGCCCAAAGGGUUCCAUUGGCUUCCCAGGAUUUCCAGGUGCCAACGGUGAGAAGGGCACAAGGGGCACACCUGGCAAGCCAGGUCCAAGGGGGCAGCGAGGUCCAACGGGUCCACGUGGAGAAAGGGGCCCUAGGGGAAGCACUGGGAAGCCUGGCCCAAAGGGCAACUCUGGUGGUGAUGGCCCCCCUGGACCUCCUGGUGAAAGGGGUCCACCAGGACCUCAAGGACCAACUGGAUUUCCUGGACCAAAAGGCCCCCCUGGUCCUCCUGGGAAGGAUGGAUUGCCUGGACACCCUGGGCAGAGAGGAGAAACUGGUUUCCAAGGCAAGACUGGCCCUCCAGGACCUCCUGGUGUUGUAGGCCCUCAGGGUCCCACUGGUGAGACUGGACCAAUGGGUGAACGAGGACAUCCAGGCCCUCCAGGUCCCCCAGGUGAACAAGGUCUUCCUGGCCUCACUGGAAAAGAAGGAACAAAGGGUGACCCUGGUCCUGCUGGCCUCCCAGGGAAGGAUGGUCCCCCUGGCUUGCGAGGCUUCCCUGGAGAGAGAGGUCUCCCUGGCCCCAUCGGUGCUCCAGGGCUGAAAGGCAAUGAAGGUCCUCCAGGCCCCCCAGGUCCAGCAGGCUCUCCUGGUGAGCGUGGUCCUGCAGGAUCAGCUGGCCCCAUAGGCUUGCCAGGGAGGCCUGGCCCUCAGGGACCUGCAGGACCUGCAGGUGAAAAGGGAGCUCCAGGCGAGAAAGGUCCUCAAGGACCAGCUGGUCGAGAUGGUAUCCAGGGCCCAGUGGGACUGCCAGGUCCAGCAGGUCCUGUUGGCCCUCCUGGAGAGGAUGGAGACAAGGGUGAGAUUGGGGAACCUGGCCAGAAGGGCAGCAAAGGAGACAAAGGAGAGCAGGGUCCACCAGGUCCUACUGGCCCACAGGGUCCAAUUGGUCAGCCUGGCCCAGCUGGUGCUGAUGGAGAGCCAGGUCCCCGAGGACAGCAGGGCCUCUUUGGUCAGAAAGGUGAUGAAGGACCUCGAGGUUUCCCUGGUCCCCCUGGCCCAGUGGGCUUGCAGGGCUUGCCUGGGCCCCCUGGUGAGAAGGGAGAGACAGGUGAUGUUGGGCAAAUGGGCCCACCAGGCCCACCUGGACCCAGAGGUCCAUCUGGACCACCAGGAGCAGAUGGUCCACAGGGUCCUCCUGGGGGAAUAGGAAAUCCUGGUGCAGUAGGAGAGAAGGGUGAACCUGGGGAGUCUGGGGAGCCUGGUCUUCCUGGGGAGGUUGGCCUCCCGGGUCCUAAAGGUGAAAGAGGUGAAAAGGGUGAAGCAGGUCCCUCUGGUGCUGCUGGUCCACCUGGCCCCAAAGGUCCACCAGGUGAUGAUGGUCCCAAAGGCAGCCCUGGUCCAGUUGGUUUCCCUGGUGACCCUGGUCCUCCUGGAGAGCCUGGCCCAGCUGGUCAAGAUGGUCCUCCUGGUGACAAAGGUGAUGAUGGUGAACCUGGACAAACUGGUUCCCCUGGACCCACGGGAGAGCCAGGCCCCUCUGGACCUCCAGGAAAAAGGGGUCCUCCUGGUCCUGCUGGUCCUGAAGGAAGGCAGGGAGAGAAAGGAGCCAAGGGUGAAGCUGGUUUGGAAGGACCUCCUGGCAAGACUGGCCCAAUUGGUCCCCAGGGUGCUCCAGGGAAGCCUGGCCCUGAUGGUCUCCGAGGGAUUCCUGGUCCAGUUGGUGAACAAGGUCUCCCAGGAUCCCCUGGCCCAGAUGGUCCUCCAGGCCCAAUGGGUCCACCAGGUUUGCCCGGCCUUAAAGGAGACUCCGGUCCCAAAGGGGAGAAGGGCCAUCCAGGUUUGAUUGGUCUUAUUGGCCCACCAGGAGAGCAGGGAGAAAAGGGUGACAGAGGUCUCCCAGGCCCUCAAGGCUCAGCAGGACCAAAAGGAGAGCAGGGCAUCACAGGUCCUUCUGGGCCCAUUGGACCUCCAGGGCCCCCAGGAUUACCGGGUCCACCUGGUCCCAAAGGUGCUAAAGGAUCAUCAGGUCCAACAGGUCCAAAGGGUGAAUCAGGUCUUCCUGGGCCCCCAGGGCCUCCUGGCCCUCCUGGAGAAGUCAUCCAGCCCUUGCCCAUCCAGUCUUCCAAGAGGACCAGGAGAAACAUUGAUGCCAGCCAGCUGGUGGAUGAUGGAAAUGCUGACAACUACAUGGACUAUGCAGAUGGCAUGGAGGAGAUUUUUGGCUCCCUGAAUUCCUUGAAACUGGAAAUUGAGCAAAUGAAGCAUCCCUUGGGAACUCAGCAUAACCCAGCAAGAACCUGCAAGGAUCUGCAGCUCUGUCACCCUGAUUUCCCAGAUGGUGAAUACUGGGUUGAUCCUAACCAAGGAUGUUCCAGGGACUCUUUCAAAGUUUACUGUAAUUUCACAGCUGGUGGAGAGACCUGCAUCUUCCCUGACAAGAAAUCUGAAGGAAGCAAAAUGGCUCGUUGGCCCAAAGAGCAGCCUGCCACAUGGUAUAGUCAAUACAAGCGGGGGUCUUUGCUCUCCUACGUGGAUGCGGACGGGAACCCCAUCGGAGUGGUGCAGAUGACUUUCCUGCGGCUCCUGAGCGCCUCAGCCCACCAGAACUUCACUUACAACUGCUACCAGUCCGUGGCCUGGCACGAUGCCACCACCAACAGCUACGACAAAGCCAUCCGUUUCCUGGGCUCCAACGACGAGGAGAUGUCCUACGACAACAACCCCUACAUCCGAGCCGCCCUCGACGGCUGCGCGGCAAAGAAGGGCUACCAGAAGACUAUCCUGGAAAUCAACACCCCCAAAGUAGAGCAGGUGCCUAUAGUCGACAUCAUGUUCAAUGACUUCGGAGAAGCAGCACAGAAAUUUGGAUUCGAGGUGGGACCAGCUUGCUUCAUGGGCUAAGAGCCACCUGGAAACUAGUCUCCAAAUGAGCAACCUCGUAACCUCAUUGCACCAUUUCAUUAAUUAAAGAGGAAAAAAGAAAAAGAAAAAAAAAGAAGAAGAAAGAAAAGAGAAGGGAAAAAAAAAGCAGGAAAGGAUUCCCUCGUCAGAUGCACGUUCUGGAACUGGACAGCCAUGGGUUCUUGGGGCUGGUUUUUGGGGGGUGUUCUGGGGGCUAUUUUUUGGCUGGUUUGGUUUUAUUCCUGGUUGGUUGUUGUGGUUUUGGGGUUUUUUUUUUUUUUUUGGCCCAAGUUCUUCUCUACUCACUCCCCCCUCACCCUGACCAACCGACUUGAGAGGAGCAUUCCCACCGCAGAGGCAGAAUCUGCUGACCAGCAGCCACACAGCCUGGCCCUGCAAGACCUGGCCCUGCAAGACCUGGCCCUGCAAGACCUGGCCCUGCAAGACCUGGCUCUGCAAGACCUGGCCCUGCCAGACCUGGCCCUGCCAGACCUGGCCCUGCAAGACCUGGCCCUGCAAGACCUGGCCCUGCAAGACCUGGCCCUGCAGACCUGCUGCUGCUGCUCCACAGCCACCCAGCAGACCCCACUACCAUCGAUGACUUCUUCUUCCUUCUCCUCUUCUCCACCUCCCUAGCAGACCCCACCACCAUUGAUGGCUGCUUCUUCCUCUUCUCCUCCUCACCAGCAGACCCAACCACCACUGAUGGCUGCUGCUUCUUCCUCUUCUCCUCCUCACCAGCAGACCCAACCACCAUUGAUGGCUGCUGCUUCUUCCUCUUCUCCUCCUCACCAGCAGACCCAACCACCACUGAUGGCUGCUGCUUCUUCCUCUUCUCCUCCUCACCAGCAGACCCAACCACCAUUGAUGGCUGCUGCUUCUUCCUCUUCUCCUCCUCCCCAGCAAACCCCACCACCAUCAACAGCUUCCUCCUCCUCCUCGCCUCAAAGCGACCCCCAGCACUUGGCUGUCUGUUGUUGGUUCUUUGUUUCUAAGGUGAAACGAAACAACUUGAAACUCCUCCAACUGUCCAGCUUGAUGAAGUCCAAGCAGUCCUGGUUCCAACCCAACCCUUGCCCGAGCUUAUCUGGAGGCAUUUUUGUUGACCUCCACAAGAUUUGGAUCACCUCUGGUUAAGACUUGAUGGCCACUUCCAAGCUCUUUAAUAUCUCUGUGGAAAUCUCAGCCUGCCACAAGAUUUAACCUCAUGAAUUCGAGUGCUUAAAGCCCCAGUGGGCAUCUCUCUCUGCCAUGUCUUAAAGGUGCUUCUGUUUGUUGGGUUGGGUUGGGGUUUUUUUUUCCCCUUGUCUGUGUUGUAAGUAAAUAUUUGUCUUGGAUAUGAUUCAAAACCUUUGAAUGUUUCUGGCUUCAAAAUGUGCCUGUGGCCCUGUCUGGAUCAAAGCCACAACCUCUCCUCCUAGCCAAGCAUCCACUUGGGAUUGAAGGCAACCACCCACGGCCUCACCUCUCUUCCCUCAUCCCAACCUCAAACCUGGAUCUGGGGAGGGUUUAGUUAUGCCCAGGCAUGAACCUUUGCAGCCCCAUGAGUGGCAAACCAAACCCCCUUGAGCCACAGAUGCUUUUGGGGAUGAUUUGCUUCAGGAUAAGGAAUUUCAAGCCACCUUUCAACCCCCUCCUUGAUCUGAAAGCAAGAUCUGCUUCGAGCCUCUGCCUUGUUUUUUGUCCUCUUAAUCCACUUGCUUACCUUUGUGGAUCUUUUUAAACCAGUUCCUUCAGCAUUCUUUCCAACUAAUGAUGAUGAAAAUGAAACACAAAUGCAUGCAAUCAGUUUCCAGUGGCAGAGGACAUCCACUUGUCCUCCCUGGCUAGAAAAUGUAGGAGGAAAACAAAAAUAACAGGGGGAAGAAACAAAAAGGACAGGAAAGACAACAAAGGUGCUUUUAUUUUUACAUGUCUCUGUGGUGCUAUCUAGUUCAAGAACUUUGAUCCAACACUGGGGAUACUCUGCCACUGGCCAGUCUCCCACUUGCUUUUGCUCUAUUUAGCCACUUUCCACACAGGCUGAAGGCUUUUUGCUCCCACUUUUGCUUUCCAAGUGCAUGCCACCUCUCUAUUCCACGCAUAAAAGACCUUUUCCUUCACCGGAUGGCAGCAGCUGAUGCGGGCCAGGUAGAAAAAAAAGCCUUUAAGGUGCUUCCAGCUUUUCCUUUUUAACCCCCAAGCCUCUUCCCACUUUCUUUGGUUCUUUUCCCAGUGGUUUCCAGAUUGUCCUCGGUCUUGGAGUUGUUUGUGGUGCUAAUUUAUGUCUUUGCUGGAUGUCCUGAGGCGCUGCUGAAGUUGGGUGGCUGCUUGGUGCCCACCCACCCGCCGAGCACUGCUGGCACUCUGCGCUUCUCUUCGGUCUUUCCACGCAGCCUCUGCCAGGAUGGGUUUUGGGGGUUGCUUUUUGGGCUUGCUCUAUUUUUUUAUCAUCCCAUGCAGCAUUUUUUGGCUCCCGACCCUGCUGCCACCCUCUCCUUUUUCUCUCUCUUUGUCGGCUCUUUUCCUUUAGCCGGGGUCAUCCUGGCUGCCAAAUAGAUGUCCUAAGGUGGGGGUUUAGUUGUUAGUCUCACAUCGGUGCUUGAGCCAAGGUGGGGAGCUUCCACGGGAGAGGAGAAGACAUCACAUUUACUGUGAAUAAAUGCUGAGCUAGGA